AUGGUCCACAGCCAGGAGAUGGCGAAGGUUCGCAUGGAGAACGCUGACCUGAAGGCCCAGCUGUAUGGUACCAAGUCCGACUCGCUGGGACGGGUGACGAAGUCCACAUCGCUCCGCUCCCGGCCGAAGAGCUCCGUGGUGGCGGAAUUCCGCCAGACCUCUUCCACAAGGCCAACAAUGCACUCGGUGCAGUCCGAGCCGACAGGGGCUGAACUGCCGGACUUUGCGACCCAGACCGCCAUGAGCAUGGAAGAAAAGCUGCAGAGGGAGAAGGCCGAGGAAAACGAGAAGGCCUCCAAGACAGCAUCGACCGUCAUGGACCAGCUGAGGCAGUUCUUGCAGUCGAACUACUUUGAUGCGAUUAUCUCCUGCGUGCUCUUCGCCAACGUCAUGUUUCUGGCUUUCCAGCUUCAGAUGGAGGGAUCGCGUGUGGGCUAUGAUAUUGAUUACUAUCCGACCAAGAACCCGAAUGACAGCGCAUGGCCAGGAAUGGUCGAGGUCCUGCAGGUCAUUGAGAACAUUUUCACAGUCAUCUUCUCCCUGGAUGUGCUUGUUCGCAUAGUCUGCCUGCACUGCUCCUUCUGGAAGAGUGCAAUGAACUGGAUCGAUUUCAUUGUAGUGACCCUGACAAUCGGUACAUUGGUGCUCGAUACGUCAUCUCUUCCUUUGGACCCGAUCUUCUUAAGACUGCUCCGUCUUGGCAAAUUGGCGCGCGCAUUUCGGAUGAUCAUCCUCUCAGGCAAGCUUGAAUCUUUCGGCCUCUUGCUGAAGUGCGUUGUGGCGAGCGUGACUAUGCUGGGCUAUGCGACGGGGGUGCUGAUCUUUGUCCAGUGUGUCUGCGGCAUGAUCAUCAGCACUCUCGUCUCGCGCUACUUGGAAGACCCAGCGAUCGACAAAGAGGCAAGGAGGUACGUCUUCCAGUACUGGGGCACUUUCUCCAGAACCUUCUUGACCAUGUUCGAGGUGUUGUUUGCCAACUGGGCUCCGGCAUGUCGAUCCUUGACGGACUAUGUCAGUGAGUGGUUCACCGUGGUCUUCGUUGGCUACAGGUGCGUCGUGGGUUUCGCGUUGCUCAACGUCGUCAACAGCGUCUUUGUUUCUCAGACGUUGAAGAUAGCGGACUCGGACGAGGAGUACCUGAUCAAAGUACGGGCGCGGAACGAAGCGCAGUACCGUAAGAAGCUCCAUGCACUUUUCCUAGCGGCCGACACUACGGACGAUGGCUUCCUGACCAUCGAGGAGUUCAUGCAGCUGCUGGAAAACCCACAGCUGCAGCUCUGGCUAAGUCAACUCCAGCUCGAGUAUCACGACCUUGUGGAGCUGUUUGGCAUGAUCGACUCGGGUGACGGUCGAAUCGACUGGAAGGAGUUCAUGGAUGGUGCCGUCCGGCUCAAAGGUCAGGCCAAGAGCAUGGACGUCUUCCGCUUGGAGACCAAAGUAGACUCGAUAAUGAAAAGCGUCGCGAGUCUGCACUUCCCAUUCCCACGAAGAGGGAACCAACAGAUGGCAGACUGA